GAUAGCACGUGACCGUUCACGACACGCUCGUCCUCGUGUAAGUGGCGGGAGCGCGCGUUGAAGGGCGCGUCCGUGUGAGUCAAGUGUGCGAGAGCGAGAGACCGCAUCACCGCUCAUUCAAUUCCUCCUUACACACCGACUAGCACAGAGACGCCGCGAUGGCCUCCGGAGUUCAAGUCCACGAGACUGUGCUGACCAUCUUUAAUGAAAUGAAAGUGCGCAAGGCUCAGCCCAGUGAAGAGGAGAGGAAGAACAGGAAGAAGGCUGUGAUGUUCUGCCUGAGUGAGAACAAAAAGGAAAUCGUCAUGGAAGAGGGUCGUGAGGUCCUGCAGGGAGAUGAGGGUGACCCUUUCCUGGCGUUUGUUAGUAUGCUGCCCCCUGAUGACUGCCGUUAUGCUCUGUAUGAUGCCACAUAUGAGACCAAGGAGACCAAGAAGGAGGACCUGGUAUUCAUCUUUUGGGCCCCAGAGAGUGCUCCACUGAAGAGCAAGAUGAUCUAUGCCAGCUCUAAGGAUGCAAUCAAGAAGAAGUUCACAGGUAUCAAGCACGAGUGGCAAGUGAAUGGGAUUGAGGACAUCAAGGACCGAAAGACUCUUGCUGAAAAGAUUGGGGGCGCUUCGGUGAUCACCCUGGAAGGGAAACCUCUGGAUGAAUGUUGCCACCAUGGGAAAUAGCUGUAUAGCUGUUCAUUUCAACAUGGGUAGGGCAAGGGCACAUGGCAGUGAUGCUGGUGGGUGGGUUGAGUUGUUAAAGGUGACAGUUUCCAAACUCCACAAAAAUUGGCUGUCAUUCCAUUUCACAAACCAAGAACAAAAAAAAAAAAAAUCAUCAAAUGAAGACUUGUAACUGUACAUGUUUGCAGGCAGGUUUUGUUCUUUUCUGGUUCCUUUAGAUCGUUUAAGGAAAAUGAGGACGGCAACCAUUACAGUUUAACUAUUGAAUCUGCAGAAUAUUGUUCACACUUAGACUUUUUUUUUUUUUUUUUUUUUUUUUUUUUGCCAAACUUCUAGUUAAUUUUUCUAAGUAUGUGUGUAGUUGAGAUUAGGUGUAGUACAAAUUGACUUACUCCAUAAGUGACUGCACAAGAUGCAUCAAGACCAUUUUGGGAACAUGAAUAUUUUCCUUGCUCAUUCACCCUUCCUUUCUUAUUUUAUUAUUCUAAAUGAUUUAAUGAUUCCAGCUCUUUAUUUGCAGAAAAUUUACAAUCUGAUUGAAACUAUAGCACUGGUGUCAUAUUGUUCACAUUCCUUAAGCAAACAUUCUGGCUCUAUGGGAAGGCUUGAGUUGAUGAAAAAGUGAGGAGCGAUGCAUUAGGACAACCUGUGUACAGAGUUCGAAAGAUAUUGCAUAGUGGAUGUUUUGUAUCGUCUCCUUAUCUCUAAUAAAAACAAAAAAAAAUGCAAUAAACGAGACUCUGAUUUGAA